AUGUCGUCUCUGGAGCAGUCCAUGAUGGACCUCGAGCACAUGAGCAACCUCAUGAGCCGCUCGCGCUUCCCCUUCGACAUGGGCAACGAGAUGCUGGCGGCGCCCAGCAAUGUUGACGACGACGAAUUCUUCCGGGAUCUGCCUGUGCUUUUGCGCGAGCAGAGACCGACGACGCAGCACCGCGAGGUCGCUACACAGCCGACAGAAAAGGAGACCGAUAACGUAGCGCACGACCCGACUCCGACCCGUGAUAACGACCCGAACAAACAGACCGUCAAGGCCAAGUACCGCCGCGCCUUCUCGUCCUACACGUUCAGCAACUCGUCCAUCGUGGACGACAAGGGCCGGCGCGUGACAAGCUCGCGGCGCCGCUACGAAGACUCGACGGGCCGUCUGAAAGCGGUGCACGAGCGCCAGAUCGAGGGCAAGAAGCUGCGCACGACGUGGAACCGCAUGCGCCCCGACGACGAGGGUCAGCACGAAGCCAUCUGCUCGAGCGGCACGCCCGACGAGUUCGAGACGAUGUGGCAGCAGACGCCGUUCGGGGAGGCGCAGAAGAAGACUAUCAAGGACCAACAGCGCCAGCAACAGCUGCAACCAGGACAACAGACCAGGACGCUGCAGCAGCAACAGCCUUCGGAGUCGGAGGCGGAAAAGGAGGCAACCCCGAUGGAGAUGUAA